CGCGAGUCGGAAGCCUGUGCGCCGCCGCCGCCGAGCCGGCCGGGGCGCACGGAGAGCGCGCGGGACUCGCUGCAGCUGCAGCUGCGGCCGGGCGGAGGAGGAGCCGGGCCGGAACAGGACCCGAGCCCCGGGCGGAGCCCCCGACCCGCCGGCCGCGUCGCCCGCUCCCCCGCUCCCCCGCUCCCCCGCUCCCCCGCAGGGCAGGGGCCGGCCGCGGCUGGCGUCGGCGGGGCGUGGAGGAACGGCAGCGGCGGCGGCAGCCGCAUCCUCGCCGCCUUUCCCGGCCGGGCCGCGCACCGGAGCCGUCGGGCAUGGAGCCGUGGAAGCAGUGCGCGCAGUGGCUCAUCCACUGCAAGGUGCUGCCCGCCAACCACCGGGUGACCUGGGACUCUGCGCAGGUGUUUGACCUGGCGCAGACCCUCCGCGAUGGGGUCCUGCUCUGCCAGCUACUCAACAAUCUCCGGGCGCACUCCAUCAACCUGAAGGAGAUCAACUUGAGGCCGCAGAUGUCCCAGUUUCUCUGUUUGAAGAACAUAAGGACAUUCCUCACGGCCUGUUGCGAGACCUUUGGAAUGAGAAAGAGUGAACUCUUUGAAGCAUUUGACCUGUUUGAUGUUCGUGACUUUGGAAAGGUUAUAGAAACACUAUCACGACUUUCUCGCACACCUAUAGCGUUGGCCACAGGAAUCAGGCCCUUUCCAACAGAAGAGAGCGUUAGUGAUGAAGACAUCUACAAAGGCCUUCCUGACUUAAUAGAUGAAUCACACGUAGAAGAUGAAGAAGGUCUUUAUGACUGUGUUUAUGGGGAAGAUGAAGGAGGAGAAGUCUACGAGGACUUAAUGAAAGCAGAGGAAGCACAUCAACCCAAAUGUCCAGAAAAUGACAUACGAAGUUGCUGCCUAGCAGAAAUUAAGCAGACAGAAGAAAAAUACACAGAAACACUGGAGUCAAUAGAAAAAUAUUUCAUGGCACCACUAAAAAGAUUUCUGACAGCAGCAGAAUUUGAUUCAGUAUUCAUCAACAUUCCUGUAAGUAAAAAUAUGCUAGCUAAAAUUGUGGAAUGUUCCAAAAGAGCAAAUAAUGGAAAAUUCACUCUUCGAGAUUUGCUUGUGGUUCCUAUGCAACGUGUUUUAAAGUAUCACCUUCUCCUCCAGGAAUUGGUCAAACAUACCACUGAUCCUAUGGAGAAGGCAAAUCUGAAAUUGGCUCUUGAUGCAAUGAAGGACUUGGCACAAUAUGUGAAUGAAGUGAAAAGAGAUAAUGAGACCCUUCGUGAAAUUAAACAGUUUCAGCUCUCUAUAGAAAAUCUGAACCAACCAGUUUUGCUUUUUGGACGACCUCAGGGAGAUGGUGAAAUUCGAAUAACUACCCUAGACAAGCAUACGAAACAAGAAAGGCAUAUCUUCUUAUUUGAUUUGGCAGUGAUUGUAUGUAAAAGGAAAGGCGAUAACUAUGAAAUGAAGGAAAUAAUAGAUCUUCAGCAAUACAAAAUAGCCAACAAUCCUACAACUGAUAAAGAAAAUAAAAAGUGGUCUUAUGGCUUCUACCUCAUCCAUACCCAAGGACAAAAUGGGUUAGAAUUUUAUUGCAAAACAAAAGAUUUAAAGAAAAAAUGGCUGGAACAGUUUGAAAUGGCUUUAUCAAACAUAAGGCCAGACUACGCAGACUCCAAUUUCCAUGAGUUCAAGAUGCACACCUUCAAUCGGGUUACAUCCUGCAAAGUCUGCCAGAUGCUUCUGAGAGGAACAUUUUAUCAAGGCUAUUUAUGUUUUAAGUGUGGCGCGAGAGCACACAAAGAAUGUUUGGGAAGAGUAGACAAUUGUGGCAGAGUUAAUUCUGCUGAACAAGGGACGCUCAAACCACUGGAGAAACGGGCCAAUGGACUCCGAAGAAGCCCCAGACAGGUGGAUCCAGGUUUACCAAAGAUGCAGGUCAUUAAGAACUAUACUGGAGCACCGCCCCCAGCUCUUCAUGAAGGACCCCCACUGCAUAUCCAGGCAGGGGAUACAGUUGAACUUUUGAGAGGAGAUGCACACAGUCUGUUUUGGCAGGGUAGAAAUUUAGCAUCUGGAGAGGUUGGAUUUUUUCCAAGUGAUGCUGUCAAGCCUUGCCCAUGUGUGCCCAAACCAGUAGAUUAUUCUUGCCAACCCUGGUAUGCUGGAGCAAUGGAAAGAUUGCAGGCAGAGACUGAACUUAUUAAUAGGGUAAAUAGUACUUACCUUGUGAGGCACAGGACCAAAGAGUCAGGAGAAUAUGCAAUUAGCAUUAAGUACAAUAAUGAAGCAAAGCACAUCAAGAUUUUAACAAGAGAUGGCUUUUUUCACAUUGCAGAAAAUAGAAAAUUCAAAAGUUUAAUGGAACUUGUGGAGUACUACAAGCAUCAUUCUCUUAAAGAAGGUUUCAGAACCUUGGAUACAACCCUACAGUUUCCAUACAAGGAGCCUGAACAUUCAGCUGGACAGAGGGGUAAUAGAGCAGGCAACAGCUUGCUAAGUCCAAAAGUGCUGGGCAUUGCCAUUGCUCGGUAUGACUUCUGUGCCAGAGACAUGCGAGAGUUAUCCUUGCUGAAAGGAGAUGUGGUGAAGAUUUACACAAAAAUGAGUGCGAAUGGCUGGUGGAGAGGAGAAGUAAACGGCAGGGUGGGCUGGUUUCCAUCCACGUACGUGGAAGAGGAUGAAUAAAUUGCACCCCAGAGUUGCACCCUGCACCAGAAAUCUCAGAGGAGGGAUACACAGAAGCCUGCACAUCAUUGGGAAUUAACUGAAGUGUUUAAAAAGCCACAUUUCUGGCUCUUCAACCUCCUCCCUCCUCCCCCCCUCCUGUCUUAAUGCUGGGAUUUCUAAAGAUGCUGGGUACUGACAGAUUAAUGGCUUGCCUCGAGCUGUGCAAGAAACAGCCUGCCAGUCUGUCAUUGUCGGGGACCAGGGCAAAGCCCAAAGCUGCUUUUCCCAAAAGAGCCCUGCAAACACAUUGGUUCGUGUUCCUUUUUACUCCGUGCGGUCAGACACCAUGAACGCCAGCUAUUAGUAAAUGUGGAACACAUAUUUACUUUCUUCUCACGUGCCAUUCGCCAGAAUUUUGGAUGGUACGAAGAAGCAGAAGUUUCAUUUUGUUGCUUUUCCCGGCAUGAGGAAAAAUUUGAGUUUUGCUGUUUGGGCAGCUUACGGGAAAGGUCCAGCACUGCUCGUGUCUUCAGUUGUCUCAUAAGGUGACUCAUUGCCUGGCAAACUCUUUAACACCCAGAUGUGACUCAUGAUAAAAUAGAAGAGGCAAAUGCUCAGGUUUGCCUCAUAAGUGACGUAUCCCAGAGGGGUUUUAAUUAUUCAUUUGAUGUUCUGAUUAUAUUUGUAAACUUCUUUAUAAAAAAACAUAAAAGCGAGUGUCUUCCUAUUAAAUUUUCACAACCUUCGUGAUUUCGUAGGGUUAUUUUGGAAAUGUGUACUUGAUGAAAUAAUCUGGGCUGGGUAUGUUCUAGUUCCAAGUAACCUGGGUAAGGUGACGUUGUUUACAGAAAUAGAUCAAGGGCUGUAAUUGAGAGUAAGUCAUUUUAUAGAAGCAACAUCUAUGAAAAUAGGCCUUCCUGCCCCCCCCCCCCCCCCCCCCCCCCGCAAAAAAAAAAAAAAAAGACCUGGUACAUAUCUGCUGAAUCUCACAUUUUCCUGGAGUAUUUACAAGCAGCACAAAUAACUUUGCUGCAGAUCUUGCAAGGGAAACACAGCUGGGUCCUUUAUGCAUUUCUGGGAGGGGAGAGUCCCUAAGGCUUUUCUGGUCUUAUUUGCUGUGGGCUCCCACCUUCUCACUAGGACCUUCCCAUCUGCAGGCCCUUUUGGGGUGUGUGCUAACUGACAGGAAGACCAGUUUUGCGGUGCAUUUAUUUGACCAAGCUUUUACUUUUUAUGUGAGAAGUUUAAAUAUGUUCUUCCUGGGAUAUAGAGUCCUCAGUCAAGGCAGUCAAGUUAAGACACUAACUUGGCCCUUUCCUGAUGAAAUAUUUUCCCCAGAGCAGAAGUCUUGUUCCAACAUGAUUCAGAAAGUGUUUCAUGCUUGAAAACAACAAAGCAAAACAUUAGAAGCAUUAACUUACUAGAGCCAAACGGAACAUUCGGUUCUGAAAUUUUAGAUCAUCUUUGAAAUAUGAGGUAGGUGUGGCCUGCCCUCUCCCCAACCCACUUUAAUGCCAGAACUUGAUGUUCAUUAGACACUUCCUCCUUCAGAGACCUUUGUGAGCUAGGACUUCUCAAAAGAUAGAUUCAGGACCUUUACCUCAGAAUUAUGUAAACUGUGAUUGCGUUUUAGAAAAGUUAUUGUUUGCUAAAACCAAUUAAGUUUUUGUAUAUGUGUAAAUGAUCACAAAAAUGAAUUUUAUAAAAUGUUCUUUCUGUACAGUCAAGUUGUACCCUUGAGACGCACUCUUGGAGUGGAUUCUUUCCUAUGAAGUCUUAUCUGUGACUGUGUCUCGGGAAUGUUUUGUCUGUUACUGUCAGCCAAAUGUCGUUAUGGAGAAAGUCGCGUCACACAAAAUGAAACACUCCUGUGUACAGUACUGUAGCUUGUACUGUUUCUUUUAUUGUUAUUUUAGCCAAUAGCCCCCCUCCUUUACAAGUGGUGUUUGGUCUUCUCGUUGCAUUUCAUGGACCUGGGGGUUUCCUAGCAGAGGACAUUAGAGCUCCUUUUCAUGACAUUACCGAUUACAUCUUUGUCUGUGUUUAAUACUUUGUAUUGGAAAUUUUAAAUGCUGCAGAUUUGUGUAGAUUUCUAAUACCAAAGACAGAAGUAAACGUUUCUUUCCAUAUGCUUUGUCUUGCCUGUAUGCUGCCAUUGUGUAAUAUGGUGAAUUAGAGAGGUAUUUCACUUUGUAAUAUUUUGUAAAUAUGUCAAUACAAUAGUUACUACUUGCAUUAAAUUGAUUUCUUGAGA